AUGCCAAAGAAAACUCUGGGCAGCCGAAGCACAUCCAGGAGCACCCAGUCCAUCCAGGUCCUCAUCCAGUCCCUGGAGCCCUGCUUCAUUUUCUACUCAGAUCCAAGCUGCGGGUCUUCUUGUUGCCAGUCCAGCUGCUGCAAGCCCUGCUGUUGCCAGUCCAGCUGUUGCAAGCCCUGCUGCAGUCAAUCCAGCUGCUGCAAGCCCUGUUGCUCUUCAGGCUGUGGGUCUUCUUGUUGUCAGUCCAGCUGUUGCAAGCCCUGCUGCUGUCAGUCCAGCUGCUGCACACCCUGCUGCUGUCAGUCCAGCUGCUGCAAACCCUGCUGCUGUCAGUCCAUCUGUUGCAAACCCUGCUGCUGUCAGUCCAGCUGCUGCAAGCCCUGCUGCUGUCAGUCCAGCUGCUGCAAGCCCUGCUGCUGUCAGUCCAGCUGUUGCAAACCCUGCUGCUGUCAGUCCAGCUGUUGCACACCCUGCUGCUGUCAGUCCAGCUGCUGCAAGCCCUGCUGCUGUCAGUCCAGCUGUUGCAAACCCUGCUGCUGUCAGUCCAGCUGCUGCACACCCUGCUGCUGUCAGUCU